AUGGUGCAAGUGCGUCAACGGCGCCCACCCGCGUCAGCCGUAGCAGUCUCUUCGUCAGUCUCUAGUGACGCGAAGCCAACAACACGGCGCCGCGAUCGUCGCUUCCGCUCAUUUUUGCCUCGCGGAUGGCCUGUGGUCGUUGGUUUCUGCGCCUUCUACGUGUCGGCCUACGCCAUUGUGACGUUCUGGCACACGUGGCUGCCAGAACCCAAAGGACUGGACGCGCCUCGUUAUGAAUUUUCCGAGGCGCGAGCUCGUACUGUGCUCGAGCAAAUUAUGAGGUUUGGGUACCGUCCUGUCGGUACAAAAGCCAACGAAGAACUGACCCCUCAGUAUCUGUUGCAACAAAUCCAUGCCAUCCAGACGACGACUUUGCCAGGAGCAAGUGUCGAAGUUGAUGUGCAACGACCAUCAGGUGCUUUUGGACUGGACUUUAUCGCGCAGUUUCAAAACAUUUACGCCAAUGUGACCAAUAUUCUGGUGAAGGUGUCACCACCCAAUGCAACGUUGGACGCACUGAACAACUCGCUCAUGAUUUCGUCCCACUAUGAUGCUGCAAUUGGCGGCGCGGCAGCUUCGGACGAUGGUGUGAACAUCGCAAUAAUGAUGGAACUGCUGCGGCUGGUUGUGCUCAACCCGCCGAGACACGCUACGCUAGUGUUCAACUUUAACGGGGCCGAGGAAACGAUCAUGCAGGCAGCCCAUGGUUUCAUUACGCAACAUCCGUGGACAGAGACGAUUCGAGCAUUUAUUAACCUCGAAGCUGCAGGAGCUGGGGGGCGUGAGCUGCUGUUUCAGACAGGCAGUGAUGAGCUGGCGCUGGCGUAUGCGCAAGGAGCCAAAUACCCGCACGCAAGCAUUAUCGCACAGGAGCUGUUCCAAUCAGGUUACAUACCUGCUGAUACGGACUACCGAGUCUACCGUGACUUUGGAUACGUUGCCGGCAUGGACUUUGCGUACAUUGCAAAUGGCUAUGUUUACCACACGAUGCUAGACGACAUUUCCCGAAUUCAACCGGGAUCGAUCCAGCGUCUUGGAGAGAAUCUUGUGGGUGUGGUCUACCAACUGGGUAGCGAGCCUGGACGUCUGAAAAAGGUCGGAGACAACCCGCAAAGCUCCAACACUUUCUUCUCGGACAUCAUGGGAUUGACGAUGGUGACUGCAAGCAAGGAAGCGACCUUUUUCACGUGCGGCGUCGUGCUUGUACUCGCUGCGCUUUAUCUCUUGCUAUCUCGCGUUUCCUUCUUCGAACGCUGGACCGCGAUUGUGCUAACCAUGCGAUGCAUCGGCGCUGCAAUUGCCUCGUCAUUUACGGUUGGUGUGCUGCUCAGUCUCUAUGCGCCACUGCCAUGGUACUCUCAGCCAUAUCUAGCAGGGCCACUCUAUCUUUCGCCAGCUAUUGCAGGAAUGCUGCAUCAGAUGACAACGGUGUUGGAGAAGCAGGUCGGCAAAGUGGUGCUUCCGAAAGCUCUGUGGCGCCUUGAAGAGAGUCUCUUUGAAGCAGCGCUUUGCGUUUGGAUGGGAAUACUGGCUAUCUGCCUCCAACUUGGGUUUAUCUCGAGCUACGUUUUGGCACUGUGGAUCUUCUUUCCACUCGUGGGGCAGGUACUGUGCCAGCUCCUACAGCGCUUCCGCAUGUUGUCGUCGGGGUUGUACAUUUCCAUCGCGCUAGGUGCCACUAUCAUCCCAGUGAUCCACACGAUGUGCUGCUUUGCGAUCGCGCUCAUGUUUUUCAUUCCGUUGCUGGGGCGAAGCGGUCCGGUGCUGCCUCCCGACGUGAUACUAUCGCUGCUAAUGUGCACCAUUCUUCUGAUCAUGGUGUCCUAUGCCGGCCGAGUGUUUUGCUUUUUUCCUGCAAAACAGCUCAAACUAUUUCGGGACUCGUGUAUCAUCAUUACCGUGAUAUCUACAGCUUACGCUUCAAUUCGUAACCCUUACUCGGAUAUCUGUCCGAAGCGUCUCAUGCUUCAGCACGUUCAGCGCAAAGUGAUGCUUUCUAACGGCGAUGUGCAAAUGGACUCUGGUCUAUGGAUCAACUCGUUGGACUUUCGUGGGCUCGAUCCUAUCAAGGACAGCUUGGUCACUACGCAGUGGAACCAUGCGCACAUGCAAGUCGCUCCGCAAGAGCUGCAUGAACACGCCGAAGUGUACGGGCACAUGCCGUGGUCACUUCCAGUGAAGCACAUGCUUCCAGAAGACAAGUCGUGGUAUCUGCUUGCUGCUGCACCUGCAAUCCCCAAUGACGCCGACGCUAAGCUCGAAGUCGUGUCGUCGACGUACGUGCGCGCGACAGAUCGCCGUACAAUCCACUUUGUAUUUAGCGGUCCGUCGCACAUGAAUCUCUUCAUUGAUGCGAAACGAUCGAAAUUGACUUCCUGGUCCAUGGGAAACGGGAUGAGCGGCCCAGUAGCUGAAGCUGAAGACGCAUACAUUCUCCAGUUCUGUAGCGGCACGGUUCCGUCCAAUUACCACUUUUGGAUCGAGGCCGAGUCGAACAGAUCGAUUGAUGUCGUUUUUGUAGCUCACUAUCUCGAGCUCAUCACUCCCGAGAUGACGGAGUUUUCCGAUGCACUGCCAUCGUGGACUGCUACUUCCUCAGCUGUGUCCACGUGGACAAAGAUGCAGAUCUAA